UGAAAUUUAGAAUCUGCGCAUAUAAAUACAUAAAACCCUAUUCGAUCUCUUUCUUCUCCAAUCUAAGUUGCAGAACCAUGGCCAAAACUCUCUACUGCAAUUUUUUUUGAUCUUUUCUUUUACUUUUUCUCUUCGUAAUCGCUGGUUCGAGAAAUGGAGAAUCCGGUGGGUUUAAGAUUCCGUCCGACCGACAAGGAGAUCGUCGUCGAUUACCUCCGACCAAAAAACUCCGAUAGGGACACGAGUCAUGUUGAUCGAGUCAUUAGCACAGUCACUAUCCGUAGCUUCGACCCUUGGGAGUUACCUUGCCAGUCUAGGAUCAAACUGAAAGAUGAGUCUUGGUGUUUCUUCAGCCCUAAGGAGAACAAAUAUGGCAGAGGUGAUCAACAAAUUAGAAAAACGAAAUCUGGUUACUGGAAGAUUACUGGCAAACCAAAGCCUAUCUUGCGUAACCGCCAAGAGAUCGGUGAGAAAAAGGUUUUGAUGUUUUACAUGAGUAAGGAACUUGGUGGAUCCAAAUCCGACUGGGUUAUGCACGAGUACCAUGCUUUCUCUCCUACUCAGAUGAUGAUGACAUAUACAAUAUGUAAAGUUAUGUUUAAGGGUGACGUGAGAGAGAUUUCUUCUUCUUCUGCUUCUUAUGGUAGUGAAAUUGAGCAGAGUCGUGACUCUUUAAUCCCUCUUCUUGUGAACGAUUCUGAGGAAGAAGCUCAAAUCGAGGAUGCUAUACCAAUAGAGGAAUGGGAAACAUGGUUGACUGAUGAUGGUGUUGAUGAGCAGGUGAAUCAUAUUAUGAAUAUGAAAGAUGAUCGCAACAACCACAGGCCUCAAAAGCCAUUGACUGGUGUCUUGAUUGACGAUAGUAGUGAUGAUGAUGAUGAUUCUGAUUUGCUAUCUCCAACAACAAAUUCUAUUGAAAAUUCGAGCACUUGUGAUAGUUUUGGUAGCUCAGACCAAAUCAACUUAGUGUCACUAACUCAAGAGGUGAGCCAAGCUCUGAUAACCAGUAUUGAUACACCCGAGAAGAUUAAGAGUCCUUAUGAUGAUGCACAAGGGACUGGGGCUGGAGGGCAAAAAUUGGGUCAAGAGACUCGAGAGAAGAAACGAGCUGGUUUCUUUCACAGGAUGAUACAAAUAUUCGUCAAGAAAAUUCACCAAUGUUCUUCUAUCUCAAGAACAUAAUAGCAGUAAAUGAGAUCAAAAACACCAUUUGUACUUUCCAAAAUCUUGUUUUGCUAUGUAUAUCUUGUUUUGUAACUUUUCCAUAACUGUAUGUGUGUCUUAAUAUAUAAAGAUGGUGAAACUGUGAUAAGAAAGUGGUUAGAGAAGACAAAUUUGUAUCAGUUGACUUAACAAUGUCUAUCUUGUUUUGUAACUUUCUCAUCUUGUGUGUCC